AUGAGCAAGCAGACUGAUACACUGGAGGAGAAAAAGAGUGAAGAGCAGAAAGGCCAGAGUGGUAGGGUACAAAAAGGUUCUCACUCAGAUGCUGCUUAUGCUAAAUUCUUGAAGAAAAUCUUGUCCAGCAAGAGAAAGUUAGAGGAGACAACAAUGGUCAAGUUGAAUGCCCGUUGCAGUAUCAUAUUGCAAAAUAAAAUUCCUCAAAAGCGUGGGGACCCAGGAAGCUUCACUAUACCAUGCUCAAAACUUAAAGGCGAGCUUGGAGUAAUCAAAUCCAUACCAGUGUCCCUACAACUGGCUGACCAGACCACCAUCUUACCUGAAGGAAUCCUCAAAGAUAUUCUAGUAUGGGUGGAAAAGUUUGUGUUUCCCGUAGAAUUUAUUGUGGUGGACAUGGAAGUAAACAAGAAGGUGCCUCUAAUUCUAAGGAAGCCUUUUCUAUGUACAGGUAGAGCAAUUCUUGAUAUCUACGAUGGGCAGCUUAGGCUCAGAUUGGUUGAAAAAUAUAAGUUUUACAAGCCUGUGGGGGAUACUCUAGAGAGUUGUAUUACUCAGUAUAGCAUAGUGGAGGAUGAAGAUCUUGAAAUAAAGAAAGAGGUUGAAGCUCUUAAGACUGAGGAUCAAGUGAUUGAUGAGGAGGAACUCAAAAAGGAGGCGUCUAAGCCUAGUGUGGAAUUGAAAGUCCUCCCUACUCACUUGAAAUAUGUUUUUCCUGAAACUAAUAAUUUUUCUAUGAUUAUUUCUGCUUAA